CGGAGCUCAGAGCGAGUCGCAUUCAACAGCACACACACACUCUCACACACACCCACCCACUUGCACACACACACACACGCGCACACAGGCAGGAUUGUCAGCAAGCGCAGCGUGGUGCUCUUUGGGAUUGCAAGCACAAGUGGACUGGUCUGGUCUGGACCUCCAAGCCACCCUCAAACACUGAGCUAGGAGGAGGAACAGGGAAACACUACUUUAACGAGAGGAGAGGUCGCCUGUGGUGGACAAAGCUGCUACAAAACUACUUGGAGAAUGGAAAAAACAGGAAAAGGAAAAAUACAAACUCCUUUACCCUAUAGAGAAACAUGCUGAGUAAAGUUUGUGGUUAAUUGUUCAUGGAAUAUACCCUGGUAUAUUGAAACUGCUGCUUUCUCUAAAGGCAAUUUCAAAAGACAAAGGUAAGACAAACCUACUACGAUGGUUCAGAGGAUUUUAGUCCAGAGCAUCAGAUAUUUGAGCUAUUUUGCACUGUUCUGAGUAACCGGCAUGCUUGUACCAAAACAAAAAUGUAAAAUCAACAAACACUUUCUGUCUGUUCCCAUUAUUCAUAUAUCGCAUAUGUGAGUGAUUGAACUGUGGGUGAACCUUUCAAUUAUGGAACAUCAGUUAGUAUUCAUCUGUUUGGGAGACAGGAACCACAUACUUUAGAUUUUUGGACUUUAGAUUUUUCUUUGUUGUUUCUCCCCAAACGUGUUGGUCUGUCUCUGACUACAAGCCCUGCUCUGAUCUCUGGUCUGACCCACCAUAGAGAACUGUUCUAAAGCCUCAGCUUGGCACUGAGGAUGGGUUGUACCAUGGCAGCGUGCCCCCUGUCCUGCCUCCUCCUCAUCCUAUCCUUCAUCCUGACGGGGCCCAGCCUGGCCCAGGACCUCACCAGCUCCACCACCGCUGGCCCGGACACUGUCCAAACCCAGACCGACAAUCAGACAGCUCCGAUGACCCCCACCACGACGGAGCCCGUCACCACGCUAGUAACCACAGAGUUCAGCGGCAUGUCGACGCCCAGCGGCGACAUCGCGGAUGAUGAGGAUGCCAUCCCUACCAAAGGCACCCGUUGCCAAGGUUACUACGAUGUGAUGGGCCAGUGGGACCCACCUUUCAACUGCAAUAUGGGUGUUUUCUUGUACUGCUGUGGUACCUGCUUCUACCGCUUCUGCUGCCAGUUCAGAGGGCAGCGGCUCGACCAGAGCAUCUGCUCGAACUAUGACACACCCAUCUGGGCCAACACGGGCAAGCCCAUCACCACGGUGACCGAGGGCCAUGGGAACCAGGAGAGAGACCGCACCCAUAUGAUUGUCUACAUCAUCUGUGGAGUGGUGGCCAUCAUGGUGCUGGUGGGCAUCUUCACCAAGCUGGGCCUGGAGAAGAGCAGGGGAUCGGCAGGGGCACAGAACGACCUCAGCAACUCCAGGGAAUAUGACCUGCUCCAGAAAGUGAGAGGGAGAGAGAGAGAGCGAGGAGAAGAAAGGCACAAAGGAAAAGAGACAAAGAGAGGAAGGAGAUCACAAUAUGGCCAGAGGACCCUGACAGAGCUUCUGAAGCAGCCCAGAGGAGAGGUUAGCUCAGUGGACAGCACAAUCACCAACCCCCCAAUCGAAACCAACUACAUCUCAGCUAGGAUGCUACGCAGCCGCAGCGAGCACUACCACCUGAACAAUUCAGCGUUAUACCCAGGAAUGCCACACCCUCAUAGCAACCUCAGUGGACUGGGCCUCAACAAGUACAACUCCCUCAGGGCUGUGGCGGACACUGCCUCUAGGGGAUACUAUAAGAGCUACCCUUUGAUGGACUUCUCCCAGUACCAGGCAGCUCCAGCCUUCCAGCCCAUCUCCCUGCACCCCAAGGACAAGUCCUACCUUCACCAGGACCACCACCAGCUCCCCACCCACCACAACCUCCAUGCCCCCCUCUCCAUCUCCAUCCCCCAGAGCCACCCGGAGAGGUCCCGCCUGUCCAAGACCACCAGCCACCCCCUGUUCUCUAGCUCGGCCUUGAAAGCCUGGGACACCAGUGGACACUACGUCCAGAGGCAGGCCUCCCAGCCUGGGCACAUCUCAGCCCAUCAGCAUGCCUAUUCCACCAGGAGACUGCACAGCGUAGAGAAUUUCCCGGAGAUGUUCAACCACCCUGUGUCAUAUGGCCACCCAUCCUCCUACCACCACACCAGGCAUAAGAGCUACUCCACCAACAGCAAGACAGAGGUCACUGUCUGAGAAUGGAGCUCUGAGUUCCUCUGUACCUACAAUGAUACAGAAACAGAUACAAAAAUGUACAGGAUAGAGAGGAGUGUCUAAAAGUGUUUAAAAGAUACUGGAUGAAGGGGGGUUAAAAGAUAGGGCAACAAUGCAUCAGCAUCGCCACCCACCACCAUGACUCAAGUACAAUAACUGAACCACAAAGAUCCCCAAGACAUUGAUAAUGCAAGAGAAACACUGUCGCUCUCGGAACACCUCUGAGCCUCUAUGUCUACCACAACUCCUUGUUGCUCGGAACCUUUCUUUAACUCUACCACAUCUCUCCUUGCAUUCUUCUCUGAUCUUGUUCUUUCGCCUAUAUCCUCUAUUUCCCACUCCCACAGCUCCCCCCUCUCUCAGCCCUUAGAAGCGCUGUGUUCAGGCCUUUAGAGGGAUGAUGGCACCCCCGGGGCCACAUUAACUCGACAGGGACAAUGCCAUCCUCACGUCAGCUCCAAUCAGCCUCCGCCCCAGCGCAAGACAGAGAGAGAGAGAGGGCGAGAGACAGGUAGGGAGAUAGUGGGAAAUCACUCUAGGGAUCUUUAGAGGAAAGCCGGAUGACAGGAGUGGACAAAGUAUAUAUGUACAGAUUUUUCUUCCCUGGGGGUGAAAUGAAGGAGUCAUUGUGGAUCUGGAGACUGUAUAGCCUGGGUGCCAGUCUGUUUCUGCUCUCUUGCCAACUCCUUAUGGAAUUGUCAUGGCUUGACAAUGACAAUGGAGUAGGCAAUGGCACAAACAGAUCUGGGACCAGGCUAGAGACUGGGUCUUGGUGGAGUGUUUAUGAGUAAGUGAGGACACACUGGGCUGUCAGUGUAAGUGAAUUCGCUGCGGCAUCUCAGACCCCAGAGGAGGUCUUCCGUGUUUUCCCCUGAUGCACGGACAGUAAAGGGCACAGACAAGAGCUCUAGAGGAGUUGCUAAGGCUACCAGACUCUCUUUAAAUGGCAAUGUAUGUACCUUAUUAUACAAGUGGUGCAUCUAUUUGUUUACCAGGACUAUAAUUAACCACUGAGGUAGAAUAAAGAAACAAAACUAUUGUUGAAAAGUAGGAUACUUGUACAUGACUAAAUGACACAUAACAGGCAGGGGACUAGUGAUAGCAGCAUCUUUGGUCAGGUGCAGUAGUUCUAAAACCCAGACAAUGGUGCAGAAAUGUGUAAGGACCAAUGAAGUCUAAUCGACGCUACGGUCUCUCGGAAGGUAUUGGGUUGAGCACAAACUCACCCUAAAGAGGUACACACAUGUAGUCUUGUAGGACCAUCCUGCGAUCUAGCAAGAUCAGGAUGGCCAUACGAGUCUAACACACAUGGCCAAUGUACUAGCUGCACACUUCAGAUUAAACCACUUCCAGAAGUGCUAUUGCUAAUGAAGGCAAUGAAUACAACUAAACUCUUUACAUGAGUCAUGAUCAUGAUCAUGAUGCAUUACUACCCCUUACCUCGCACAUCCCUACCCUUCCUCAUUUUCGACAAGUAGUCUAACGUUUAAGAGUGUGUGCGCCAGUAACCGAAAGGUCACUGGUUCAAAUCCCCAAGCCGACUAGAUGAAAUAUAUGUCAAUGUGCCCUUGAGCAAGGCACUUAACCCUAAUUGUGCCUGUAAGUCACUCUGAAUAAAUGACUAACAUGUAAUCUUCACUCUAUUCCUACUCAUCUUCUCUAUUCCUCCUCAUCUUCUCUUCUCUAUUCCUCCUCAUCUUCUCUCUAUUCCUCCUCUACCAUUUUCUAAUCAGCUCCUCUCCAGUUGUAACCGUAGCCUUCUUUCAUCUCUUCCUUCUCUCGGCUCUCUCAUCAAGUCUCUAUUCACCCCAUCUUUUGGAGAGCUAUUUUCUUUCUCAUUCCCUCCCAAUCACUCGCUCAUGUUCCAUCUGUUCUCUGGCUCUAGGCGCUGUAACUGAUAGUCCUUUGGCCCCCUGCUCUGUUUCCCAGUCCCAUCACCCCAUGUCCCACAGCCCCAGAAUGCAGGUUUGCUUGCGUGUGUAUGUAUGUGUUUCAGGGCAGUGGGCUGAGACAAGGGCAUGUGUACUCUCACAUGAACAUGAUUGAAACUACCAGACACUGUUUAAAUGACUCCCGCGCCAAUAGCAGCUUUUAAAACAAAUGUUUUAACGACAAGAACAGAAAACAGACCCAUUUUCAGCUAAGUUUUCCACUGAAUGCUUCCUGUCCUCACCUGAAAACCGAACAUAGCCUAUGCAAUGCCAAACCUGUAACACUGUAUCAACAUCAACACGCUAGCAUUACACCCUCACAACAAAUUGUAAGAUACCACCACCACAAUGACUACCGCAACUGGUCAUAACCAUGUCAUAACAGCUGACAUAACUUGCCAUAACAUGUCAUAAUGGUCAUAACACUGUCAUGACCCAUAUAUUUUCACCUGUUGUGAUAUAUAUUGUGUUUUUUAUGGCUGGUUAUGACACCUACAUACGAAACCCACAUUUUUUUCAAUUUCUUAAAAUGCAUUUUAAAAUCCUUUGUUGUUGUAAUGUAUUCAUUAAAGUCAUGUAUUUUUUUAAUAUUUUAAAUAACUUGUAGAAAAUACACUUUGUGUCAUGAAGCAUUCUGGCCACCCUGUGUCACUUUACUUGGACUAAGAAAAUACAAAGAGUGAAGACAAAGGGUGGCUACUUUGAAGAAUCUCAAAUAUAAAACAAAUUUUGAUUUGUUUAACACUUUUUUGGUUACUACAUGAUUCCAUAUGUGUUAUUUCUUAGUUUUGAUGCCUUCACUAUUAUUCUAGAAUGUAGAAAAUAGUAAAAAUAAAGAAAAACCCUGGAAUGAGUAGGUGUGUCCAAACUUUUGACUGGUACUGUAUAUAUACAGUUGAAUUCGGAAGUUUACAUACACUUAGGUUGGAGUCAUUUUUCAACCACUCCACAAAUUUCUUGUGAACAAACUAUAGUUUUGGCAAGUCGGUUAGUACAUCUACUUUGUGCAUGACACAAGUAACUUUUCCAGCAAUUGUUUACAGACAGAUUAUUUCACUUAUAAUUCACUGUAUCACAAUUCCAGUGGGUCAGAAGUUUACAUACACUAAGUUGACUGUGCCUUCAAACAGCUUGGAAAAUUCCAGAAAAUUAUGUUAUGGCUUUAGAAGCCUCUGAUAGGCUAAUUGGAGGUGUACCUGUGGAUGUAUUUCAAGGGCUACCUUCACACUCAGUGCCUCUUUGCUUGACAUCAUGGGAAAAUCAAAAGAAAUCAGCCAAGACCUCAGAAAAUAAAUUGUAGACCUCCACAAGUCUGGUUCAUCCUUGGGAGCAAUUUCCAAAUGCCUGAAGGUACCACGUUCGUCUGUACAAACAAUAGAAUGCAAGUAUAAACACCAUGGGACCACGCAGCUGUCAUACUGCUCAGGAAGGAGACACGUUCUGUCUCCUAGAGAUGAACAUACUUUGGUGCGAAAAGUGCAAAUCAAUCCCAGAACAACAGCAAAGGAACUUGAAGAUGCUGGAGGAAUGCUGGAGGGAAAAAGUAAAAUAAAAUACAUCAUAUAUCGACAUAACCUGAAAUGCCGCUCAGCAAGGAAGAAGCCACUGCUCUAAAACCGCUAUAAAAAAGCCAGACUACGGUUUGCAACUGCACAUGGGGACAAAGAUCGUACUUUUUGGAGA